AUGAUGCGGAUGCUCAAGGACAAGACACCAGUGCUGGUCUUUAGCUGUUUGUGUGCAGGCACCACCUAUGCCGUGUAUUAUGCACAUUACCAACAAAUUACGGAGAAGAAGACCAUGCGCCAAGGAGUGAUCAACGACAUCAAGCGCGACAGAAUCAAGCAACGGGCAAUGCAACAGCAGCAGCAGGAACAACAACAGUAA